UAUUUGUUCACUUUUCCCUUGUCUCUUCCUUUACCCCCUUCCUUUCCCUUCUUUGCUUUCUCUCUUUGCCUCUUUGCUAUCACUCACUCUGUCAAGCUCACCUCACUCUCUCCGGUCUCCACUCUCCUCUCCCCACUGAAACUCAGCUCACUGCUCGCGACCCAGAUGCGGAUUCCGUCUCCUCACCCGAGCUAACCCCGCCAUUGCAGUGCUCUGAGCUCGAAUCUGCCUUUUCUUUUAGCUUUCUGCUUCUUGUGCUGCUUGUGAGUAUUGUAUAAGCGAUGGGCGUGAUGGGUCGGAAUGUGGUGGUUCUGGGUCUCGCCCUCUUGGUCCUCGCCGGCUGUGUUUCAUCCGCUCCUAUUGCCCCUUCUCCUGCGAAGAUUGUUAAUGGGCUCUUCUCCAAUGCUGCGUCUGCUCUAAUGAAGCGGCUGUCCUCACUCAAAGCCACUACUAAGACUGCGAUUGCUGGGCGUCCGAUGAUGAAGUUCGAGAGUGGCUACACGGUGGAGACAGUUUUCGAUGGGAGCAAACUCGGGAUUGAGCCUUACUCGGUGGAAGUGUUGCCAAGUGGGGACCUUCUGAUCCUGGACUCUGCUAAUAGUAACCUCUACAAGAUCUCUUCUUCACUCUCUCUAUACAGUAGGCCUAAACUGGUUGCUGGUUCCCCUGAAGGAUACUCGGGGCAUGUUGAUGGCAAGCAAAGAGAGGCUAGGAUGAACCACCCGAAGGGGCUUACGGUGGAUGAUAGAGGGAAUAUUUAUAUUGCGGAUACUGCAAAUAUGGCAAUUAGAAAGAUAAGCGAUUCAGGGGUUACGACAAUCGCGGGAGGGAAAUGGGGAAAGGGAGGGGGCCACGUUGAUGGGCCGAGUGAGGACGCGAAAUUUUCAAACGACUUUGAUGUGGUUUAUGUGGGAAGCAGCUGCUCCCUGCUUGUUAUAGAUAGGGGAAAUCGUGCUAUUAGGGAAAUCCAGCUCCAUUUUGAUGACUGUGCUUACCAAUAUGGAAGCGGUUUUCCUCUCGGGUUUGCUGUGCUUCUCGGGGCUGGUUUCUUCGGGUACAUGCUAGCAUUGCUACAGCACAGAGUGAGCACGAUUGUGUCUUCUCAGAAUGACCAGGAAAUGAUGAAGACUGGCGUCCCGUUGAGUCCCACCUAUCAGAAGCCCCUAAAAUCGUUGAGGCAGCCUCUUAUACCGACUGAGGAGGAACCAGAGAAGCAAGAAGAGGGGUUCUUCGGGUCCCUUGGAAAGCUCGUUGUGAGCACAGGAACGUCAGCCAUGGAGAUUCUUGGGUCAGUAUUCCCUAGCCUCCGGAAGAAGCCACAGGAAUUUCAAUACCAGCAGAAGCAGUUCUCAAACUCUUCAUGGCCAGCGCAAGAGAGCUUUGUCAUCCCCGACGAUGAUGAGCCGCCGCCUUCAAUUGAGCCACGGGACCCAACUCCAAGGAAGACCUAUGCAUUCAUGUCCAAGGAUGCGGAGAAAUUUCAACAGCUGAGACAGAGCCGUGUUUUCUACAACAGUUGGGAGCGAGAUGGAGAUCUCAAUCAGCAGCAGAAGCAGCAGCAGCAGCAGCAGAGACAGAGUAACUAUCACCAUCAGCAGCAGCAGCAUCACCACCACCACCGCUACCACUCAUCCAUCCCGCACACCUACUAUGAGCGAAGCCUCGAGAAGACCAACGAGGUUGUGUUCGGGGCAGCUCAGGAGAACGGAGGGAAGCGCGAGGCCAUAAAGCCAGUGAAUUACGGGGAUGCGCUCUACAACCAUCAUAACAUUCGCACAAGAACGGGCUACACUCAUCAUUAUUGAACUUGAUGAAGAACCAAGAAUGGAUUUUUCAAAUCGGGGAGGCAUGAUUCUUAUUUGGGUAUUCUAGAUUGGCAAUUUUGGGUACAGGUGGGGUGAUAAACGGGAAAAGGGUGAGUAUAGGAGGCGGGCUCUUAUAUGGUUUUGGAUUGAUUAUUGGGCAAUUGAUAAUUAAGUAUAUGCUGCUCUGUUUGGUCUCAUUGCAUGGUUGCAUGUUUGGUAGUAUUGCAUUGAGGCCUCUCUCUCUCUCUCUCUCUCUCUCUAUAUAUAUAUAUAUAACAAAGCUAUCCUUA